AUGUCGACUCUCGAGUCGCGCGCGCCAGCGGCUACGCACGCCGCCUCUGCAACCACGGACCCCCUUGCCGGGCCGCUUCUGCGCCCGGACCCGGCGCACGCUCUGAGCAAGCAGAGCGUGGCGAAGCUGAUCCCGCUGUGGUUUGUCUACAUGGCUUGUGGCAGCCCGCAGCUGGUGCAGAUGGCACCGGGGAUCCUCAAGCUGUUUGAGAAGCUGCGUCUCUCGUGGCUCUCGAACGCGGUAAUGCGGCGCACUUUCUUCGCGUGGUUCUGCGCCGGUGAGAAGGAGAAGGAGAUUGUGCAGGCCAUGCGCGGCCUGAAGGAGUCGGGAGUCGGGUCGAUUCUGGACUUUUCCGCUGAGGCGGAUCUGGCUGAGGAUCGGGAUGCCACCGCGGCCGUCGCAGGCGCUGCCGACACUGCGCGUGCCCACGCCAACGUCAAGGCGGACGCCUUCGCCAAGGAGUACCUGCACGGCCUGCACAUGUCGGAGCAGGUGCCGGGGUCGUUUGCGGCCAUCAAGGUGACUGGCCUGGCCGACCCCGAGGUGCUGUACCGCCUGUCAAUGCCGUACCGGCCCAUGCGCGAGGCCUUUGUCGCAGCCGACCACGACAACGACGGACGCAUCGACUUUACGCAGUUCAAGCAGGCGGUGCUGCCGUCGAUGCCCGGUGGUGACCGCGUGUCGUCGGCCAGCGGCAUGUUCUCGAUGGUCGACACCAACAACGACGGCCAGGUCGACUGGGUUGAUCUGCAGAUGGCGCUGGGCCUGGACAACCCGCUGGCACGGCCGCUUUACCUGCGCGCCUCGCCCACCAGCGAGUACGGCGCCGUCGAGACCGACUUUGAGGACUACGAGCGCAUGAUCUCGCGCUCGCGUGCUGUGGCCCAGCAGGCCAGCGACAGCAAUGUGCGGAUCAUGGUGGACGCCGAGCACUCGUACUUCCAGCCGCUGAUCGACCACGUCGCGCUGGUGCUGCAGCGCGAGUUCAACGCACAGACCCAGCACGGCGGCCGUGCGCUGAUCUUCAACACGUACCAGAUGUACCGCGCAGACUCGUUCCAGCGCAUGGUCGACGACUAUGAGCGCGCCGCGCGCGAGGGCUGGCGCUUCGCAGCCAAGCUGGUGCGCGGUGCGUACAUGGAGCUGGAGCGCGAGCGCGCUGCCAAGCUCGGCUACGCGUCGCCCAUCAACCCGACGCUGGAGGCCACGCAUGCGUCGUACAACAAGGGCGUCAACUUCCUGAUGCAGGAGGUUGCCGCCGCCCAGGCUGCCGGCACUGUGCCACCGGUCCUGUUUGCUGCCACCCACAACAACGCGUCUAUCGAGAUGGGCAUGCAGCAGCUGCGCCAGCUCAACAUCGACACCACCAACGAGCCCGUCAUGUUUGGCCAGCUGCUCGGCAUGCAGGACGCUGUCAGCUAUGCCAUCGCCAAGGCCGGUCUGCCCAUCUACAAGUACGUGCCCUAUGGUCCGCUCGAGGAGGUCAUGCCGUACCUGAUCCGCCGCGCCCAGGAGAACUCGGCUGUUGCCUCGUCCAUCCGCAAGGAGGCUUCGGCCGUGCUGUCUGAAAUCAGGCGCCGCCUGACCGGCAGGUCCGCUGCUGUUGCCCCCACCACCACUGCUGGCCGCCAGUCGUCCUCGGCCCAGUAA